UAUAAAUUUAAAUUUAAUUAUUUCUUUCUCAUCUAAGAUACCCCAGGUACCUCUGAGCCUGAAAAUCCAAGUGCCAAAAUGAAUUCUUAGAGCUGCUGAAACACUAAUCAGAAAAAGUGAAAUAAUGGCAGAAGAAAUGUCAGUGCCUGCAUGGCCCACCUUUGGCAAAAUAGCCUGGAUAACAACAGCUGUUAAGAGAGGAGCUGGAAUAUAAACUACGUACAUGAAUGGAGGGUGCAAAACUGCCUAAGAAGACAUUUGUCCCAAAUGACCGUGUAAGAGAGGAAGAUGAGCACCAGCCAGAUGCAAAGUUGGUGAUGAACUGGCAGUAGGAGAGAGAAAGAAAAUCAGGCAGGAAAAGCAAUGCCUCUGGCAUACCAUAAAGGUCUGCCACUAUGUAAAAAAGGAACUCAAGCCACGUGUUGCAAUUCUGUGGUAUUGCGGUGAAACAGAGCAUCCCUUUCCUUUCAGAGUUUACAAGUAUUUAUAAGGGAGCCAGCGCUUUGCUUCCUUCAGAUCACAAAACCGACCUGCCUGACAACUUCAGCUAACAGACAUCACAGGAAAAGAUGUCUCACCUACUACUUGCCUUACUUUCAUUAUUUUCCUUUGCUGCCCUUCUGGAAGCACAGUGGAAACUGAGGGACAAUGUGUACGUCAUAGAAUCAGAGUGGAAUGACGAGACACCAGCUAAAAGAGUGGAGCUCACCUGUAACACGUCUGAUGAAGCACUGCCAGUUUACUGGAAGAAGGACACAGCACUGAAAGGAACUGGAAAGACUCUGAUUGCCGAAAUGAAAGAGUUCCCAGAUGCUGGCAACUACACCUGUCUGACAGCUAAUACCCAUGAAAUCAUCAGCUAUGUGUUCUUCCUUAUUACUAAAAUUGACUCCAACGGGCAAAUGAUAAGAUCAAUUCUGAAAAGCUUUAAAGAGCCGAACAGGACAUUUUUAAAAUGUGAAGCAAAGAACUACUCUGGAAUUUUCAUAUGUUCAUGGAUGACAGAAAAUGAGAGUCCAGAUGUAAAGUUCACGAUCAGAAGUCUAAAAGGCUCUCAAGGUGAUGUAACCUGCAGCACCCCCGUAGCUCGCACUGACGAAGCAGUGACCGAAUACACAGCCCAGUGCCAGAAAGAAAACUACUGUCCAUUUGCUGAAGAGCACCAGCCAAUUGAGAUGUUCCUGGAGGUCAUUGAUGAGGUGGAAUAUGAGAACUACACUAGCAGCUUCUUCAUCAGAGAUAUUGUAAAACCCGACCCACCCCAAUGUCAGUAUGUGGCCACAAAUGGAACAGUGACCUGGACAUACCCCACAACAUGGAGCAAACCAAAGUCCUACUUCCCUUUGACUUUCAGGGUCAAAGUUGAAAGUACAAAGAAACACGAAAGCCAGGUCUAUGAUGCUGACGAGCAGUCUUUUCAGAUUCCGGAGAUCGGCCCAAAUGUCAAGAUCUCUGUGCAGGCCAGGGAUCGCUAUUACAAGUCAUCCUGGAGUGAAUGGUCUUCACUUUGCAGAUAAGAAGUAAGAGAUUCUAGGAGCUUGGCACAAUAUUCCUAAAGAAAGCAAAGAAUGAAUUAGCACAAGAACAUAAGCAUAAUUAGAAGAAAAAUUCUGCAUUUGAAACUAUUAAGAAGACAUAAGAUACCUUUCUUAUAACACAUUAAUAUGGUCCUAAUUUGGCAUUAUUUCACUUUCCAAGAUCUAAGUAGCCUCUUUAGCACA